UGUGCAUUUUUUAAAUGUUGUAAAGAUUAUAUUGUUUUUGUGUGUGAGCCUUGGAAAUAUUAAAUGAUAAAUGAUCAAAACAAAACUAAUUUCGUUUUAUAAAUUAUAAACUAUAAGAUGUUAAAAAUUCGAGCUCUGAACAGGGAUUCCUCAUCAGAUGAAGAUGUUCCUGUUAUUAGAAGAGAGGCACAAGAAGAAAUUGCUUUAGAAUUGUAUAAUAAAGCAUUGCGGUUACAAGGCAAAAAUGAUUUUUCAGAUUCAGAAUCUAUACUCUUAAAGCUAAUAGAGGAAAAUAUACCUUUGCUUGAAAAUAAUGGGGGACUGCCUAAAUCAAUGUCUACUUUGAAAUUUUCAUGUUUUGUGAACUUGGGCAAUAUUUAUCUAAAAGAAAAUAAAGUUAAUAAAGCACUGGAUAGUUAUUUAACGGCAUCAGAAUUGGAUGCAACAGAUGUAACAUUAUGGUUUAAAAUAGGCAAAUUGUCAUUGAAGGAAGAAAAAUUCAAACAAAGUGCAUAUGCCUUUUCUAAGGGCUUGGAGUGUAGCGAGUCUCAUUGGCCUUGUUUAGAUAAUUUGAUUUCAGUAUUGUUUGCAAUAAAAGAUACCGUAGCAUGUCUUGUAUAUAUUGGUAAGGCGCUAAUGCUGGAUACUGAUUACUUAAAAGGUUUAGUCUUGCGGAAGCAAAUUUAUCGUGAUAAUCCAGCCACAAAAGAAUAUUAUCAGUUGUAUAAUCCUGAUUACAUUUGGGAACCACCCUUAGAUGUUACCGUUGAUGAAGAAGAUGAAAAACAAAUUUUAGAAGAGGCUCAGGUUUUAUGUAAUCGUGUUAUUGAGAUUGAAAAGUCAUACGGUCCGAAACCAUUGCAAACCAUAGCAUUGCCGAAACCAUUAGAAGAGUAUUCAUGGAUAUCUCUUGCAAAAACUGUAACGUAUCUCCACCAAUACAUCACAGACAAUGAAAUGAGCCAUUUUACCAUGAUUGAUAUCACUAAAUGUAUGAGUCAAACGUCAGAAACGGUAAUAAAAUCACCCUCAGUUGAAAUUGAGAAUCAGUUGAAGGAGGAUAAAUGUGAAAAAAUACCAGAAGAGAGUUGUUUAGAUAAUAAUAAUGCGGAUGUAGCAACUGAGAACGAGGAAAAAAUGGAUUGCGAAUCUAUACCCGAAAGAAGAUUUUCACAAAAUAGUGAAACUAAUAAUGAUGGACAAGAAAAUACUCCCAUUCAGACUGAUAACGAUGAGGAACAAAACAUGGAACAGGAUAAUGAGGAUCCAGACGAGACCUCGGAAACGAAAGCGGAUCGAGGGAGGCCAAGGGGUCCGAAACGUAAGCGCGACGUUCUUUCCGACUUGCAGAUAUGGGGUUGGCACAGUAAACGGAAGCAAUCGAAAAAAGUUAAAGAUAGGGAUUUCACGGUUGAGGAUGCUUUGAAUAGGAUCAUCCCGAAAACGUUAUUACAAGUCAAAAUAGACGCUGAAAAAUUCAAUCAGCAGGAAGAUUCCAUGAACACGAUGGACAUUUACAAUUUGUACAUGGAAGAUCAUAACGUAAAUUAUUUAUCGCCGAUCCAUUCUCCCAAGUCUGUAAAUUACGAGGCAUACUUUGGAACGGAUAGAGAAAGGGAUCACGUUUCAGGGUUUUGGUUCAAAAAGAGGGAGUACUGCGAUGCAGUAGUGCUGAUUAAAGAUCUAGUAUUUACUUUGUCCAAAUUAUGGCACUACAAGUGGCCCAAGGAACUGGUUCCCUUAUACAUCGAGGCUUAUAAUAUGUUCAGAGAACAUUGCGAUCAACCGCAAGUGUUUUGUAGCGAUUUAACUUUUCCAGAUAUAAGGAACGACGCUUUGGCGACUUUAUUAUACGGCGAAUUAUUAAGUUUUAGUUCUGACAGUAAGGAGACGAUACACGCUAUGUCGUUAGGUUACUUACAAACCGUGAGUGGUUGGCAAGACGAAUGGCAAGAAGAAUACCCCAGUUUUUUUAAUCGCGUGUUGUGGCUGAGAUCUCACUUAUUCAGAAAAGAGAACUCCAUCGACUUGGCCAUUAGGUCUCUUCUAUUGAUCCAGGAAGUUAUCGGCGAGGAAGAAAAUAAAUUGCACGAAAAAUACCUGUUGAGCUUACCGAACUGCUUUAGGUACGGCUUGAUUACAAACCAGUUAACUGAAAAGAUACUGAGGCAUUUAGAUAUGAUCAACUCUCUCGGAACGGUAGAAGCCCUCUAUAACGCCGAGAAAUACUUGGAAGUAGCUGAAAUAUUGAAGCAGACGUUCAGUAAUUCGGGAAACCAUCCGCAAGUGGGACGCAUGGGUAGGCCGGCUCAAUUGGGCCUGCUUCUUCAUUCGUUGUGGUUCACCGACUUAACUCAGUGUUUUAUCUGGAGCGAAGAAUGCCUGUUUGAGUCCCUGGAUCAUUACUUCAAGCCUAGGAAAGAUGCGGACAAAUGGGAGAAAAUAGUGGAGAAGUGUUUGGCGAUUUGUCACGAAAUAAUAAAAAAGGAAAUGGUCAGCGUCAUUGACUCCUUAACUGAAGAGAAAAGAGCUAGGCUGGUGGAAUCUCUAUGCAAGAUAGCUUCCAAGCAAUUAAACUCUGAAAAUAAAGUCAAAAUUCCUCUCGAUUGCGUAACGCCGUGGAUUCUAUUACAUUACGUGUUGGUAAGAGAAGAACACAGGCAAUACGCUAACAAGAGGAUUAACCAAGGUAAAAGAGAUAAAAGCGACAUCGUGAACAACAACCAGCCCAUAUCCGAAGACGAACUGCCCGCUUCAAUAGCUAUCCUCUUCUCUGCGCACGAGUUUCUAGGUCCUAAAAGUUGGUGUCUCACGGGGCAAGGCGAACUGCUCCACUUUAUUUUAGAUACAGUUCUCGAUAGGCUGGACACUCCUAUAUUCGAACGGCUGCGAGACAAAAUCGACAUUCACAUCGAACAAGCCUUGUUCUGUUUGUAUCAGCACCCGAGUAAAAAGAAUAAGGUUUCCAGGCAUCUAGCGGACCACAAUGUAGACCCACUGCCUUUGUCGUGGGAAAGAGCUUUUCAAUUGUACGAAUUCUACGGACCCGAUUGCCUGCCCGAAUUUAACUCGUACAAGAACGUAUCCAUUUCUGCGGACCUCGAACAACUAUUAAAACGCAUUAUUGCCCUUGUGCCGUCGGAGUGCGCUCCGCAGCACCAUCUGCCGAAAAUAAUGGAUUUCAUUCAUGGGAAUAACGACGUCUGUCCCGAUCCGAUUGAAUUUCCUAAUAAAGUCAGGUCUAUUUACUAUUUGAUCGGGGACUUUUACUUUAAGCAGAGGGAGUUUACGCGGAGCAUCAAGUACUUUCAAAUGGAUCUGUGCAUUAACCCGUUACGGCUGGACUCUUGGGCAUGUCUGGGUUUGAGUUACGCGGCGCAGCUUGACAGUAAACUUAACUACUGCCAGAAAUUUAAGAGCGAGAUGGAGUUUCUGGAUAAAGCGAAGUACGCUUCGGUUUGCUUUAGAAAAGCUCUGACUAUCUCGCCGGACCACCUUAUCUUGUGGAUCGAAUACGGGACUUUUCAGUAUACCGUCCACUCUUAUUGUUCCCGGAUAUUGAAGUAUGAAUCAGAAAAUUUGAGCAUGGAAAAGUUUGAGUUUCUGGAAAAUCAGAAAAAUAGUUAUUUGGACAGCUCCGGUAAUAGUUUCGAAAAAGCUAUAGCUUUGUAUGAAAUGGAAAAUACCAAUGAACCUGAUGAAAGGUGGUUGCAGUAUUACAUACUCGGGAAAAUUGCGGAAAAGAAGCAAAAGGAGCCUACGGAAUAUUUGCAGUAUUAUAUGACGGCUAGUACACUAUUGGAUGAGAAUCACGCUACAUAUCCCGAAAAAAUUUUCUAUAACAGCCCUCAGCACCUAGCAGUAGAAGCUUUGGAACUCCAUUAUAGAAUACACGCGUCUGUUUUAAAGUACUUGGAAUUACACGAAGGCAAAGAAAUACCGACCAGUUUAGGAACAUUUUUCAAGAAGUGUUUAGGCUCUUCCAAAUUCUUUAAAAAGGCUGCACCUAAGGCGGUCCCAGAGGUACCAGUAAAAGUUUCAGAAAGCAGUGGAUUGAGUUUCCAAGAACAAUUUUUGAAUUCCCUUAACAAAAUGAACAACGACGAACCACCAAAAAUAACAGAGGAAGAGAAAAUUGAAAGUGAAAAAAAGGUUGUUCAGGAGAUUACUGUGCCUGAAAAGAGUCCACCUAAGGCCGAGGCUGUGGUUGCUGAUCAAGAAAAUAGUGCGAAAGAGACCAGUGAACCCGUAACAAAAGUUAUUGUUGAAGACGAUGUUAUAAUGAUAUCUGAUUCUGAAGAUGAAAAAUGCGACAACACAAAAGUGGAGGUUAAAAAUGAAGCAAUUGUUACAGAGCCCAAAAUUGAAGAGACUGAACAAAAACAAGUUAAAGAUGUUCAGCAACUGUUGGAUGAGAUGAUGGUGAAAACCAUGAAAGAAGUCGAGGACCAACCUAACGAAGCAGAUUCAGAUUUAAGUGGAACCGAAAAAAUCGAAGAAGUGAUAUGUAAAGAGGAGAAAGACCCUAAAACGGAGGUAAAAGCUACCGAUGAAAAACCCGAGGGCGACAACAAUAAAGAGAAGCCACCAAAAGUUAAACCAAGUGACAGCGAGACUGACACCGACAAUAUAAGGACUUCAGUAGAUGAUGAUUCGAGCAGCUCUUCUAGUUCAUCGAGUAGUUCUAGUAGUAGUUCCGACUCGGACAGUGAUGAUGAUAGUAGUUCCUCGAGCUCUUCUUCUUCUUCAGGAACAGGCGGUGAAAAUAUGUCGAACAGCGAGAUAUUACAGUUGGUUGAUCGUUGUGUCGCAGGUCUCGAAAUAUGCAUCAUAAGGUUGGCACAAAAUUACAAGGCACUGUAUCGCUUGGCCCAUUUGUUCUUUUAUUACAAAGCGAAAAAGGAUCUUACUAAAUGCAAACAGUUAUUGUUAGGAGAGUACAAAUGUAAAGAUGACACUGUCGUCACGGGAUUGUUCAACGAUAGAAAAAUGAACAACUUCUUUAAUGGUAUUUGGAGAAUUCCGUCAACUGAAAUAGACAGGCCCGGGUCUCUGUCUGCGCACAUGAGCCGAUGCGUGUCCCUCCUUUUACAAGUUUUGAGAAACACGAAUGACAAUAAAAUACUUAUCGAGUUAUGUAUGCAGUUGCGAAGAACCCCCGACGUGGAUAAAAUUUAUAUUAAAGAUUCCGAAAGGAUGGCAUUUUCCGAGCAAGCUCUGACGAUGUGCACUCAAACCUUAAGAGGUCAAAUUAAAAACGUACCAAAUAUGACGAACCCUCAAAUCGUAAAACUGUUGCAGGAAAUAUUCAAAGUGCAGCAGCGGUUACACAAGCAAUUUGGUGCGCAGGAGAAUGUAUUCUCGUCUAUGCUCGUCGAUGUGUACAAGCAGUUUAUUAAAGAAAAGAUUCCGGAUAAUGUGAAUGUAUUAGAGUUAGCCAUCAAAUUCUGCCAGCAGAAUAGGAACGUAGAAAAACAUAAAGCUCAAGUUCAAAACCAACUUCCCCCCAUGCCUAGAGGACCUGGAAUUGCUAGUCCUCCAGUACUCCCGCCUCCUUCCAAGGUGACCCCGCCGCCGUCUCUGCCCCUUAAAAGGCCCGGCGCGGGUAGACCGAGAGGACGCCCUCCCCUGCCCAAAAUACCCGGCCAGGUACGCCAACCUAGAGGAAAGAGCCCCAGCGUCGCCGGAAUGUCAAAGUCGUACGCCUGGCAGAAGUCCUUGUUCGACCAGAGUUAUGCGUACGAGUACCUAAAACAUUAUCAAGACGAACUGAUCAAACAGUACAGCCAGAACUUAAGUUUAAAUCAACUGACGCAACUCAGCCAGAUAUUAGCUCAGGGCCAACUUAAUAACCCGGUGACGGCUUCCGCCAUAACCAAUCAGUUUCUCGCCCAAACUGGAUUGCUGACGUCUAAUAACUUAAUGAAGCAGAUGGGUUCCGCUACCGGCGGUGCAAAUCCACCGAUGACGACACCGUCGAUGGACAUUUUAAACCACUUAAAUCCGACGUCUAAGAAAAAAACUGGGUUGGAUCAGGCUCUGUCAUCGUUGACACCAGAACAAUUGAAAUAUCUUGGAAGCAUGCUGCCGUCCACAUCAAAAACCCCGCCUGCGACCAAAAGCAGUUUUCCCCAUCCCGUUAUAACGUCAUCUGGCAUCGUUACGAGCAAACCGAAAUCCACCACGUCGUCAAACGUAAAACCGAUUCCAUCUAGCGUUCCAAAAUCUAUAAUAGCCGAACCGAACAGAAGCAAACCAGACAGCAUUGUAACCAAACCAGGGCCAAGUAGUCAAAUAUUCAAGGAGCCAACGUUAACUAAAAUUACAUCACCCGACGAAAAAGCCGCUAAAGUCUUAAUGAAGGAAAGACCCAACAUAUCGAUUACACCGGUGUCGGGGGCAUUACCGCCGCCAAUAACGAGCACCACCAGUUUUGCUAGAUCGAUUGUAACAACGACGGUUACUACCAGUUUCGUUCGGCCUACCGUCACCACGAGCCCUUCAAGUGGAAAAACCCUCCAAGAAAAAUUGGCGGAGAAGAAAAAGGAACAAUUCAACAAACAGCAACAACAACAGAAGAACGCCGAAACGGAAAUUUACACUUCAGACGCCAUAUUGAAAAGUUUAAACCUUCCAAACAUACCUUCCUCGUUAACCGUUUCAAAAGCGUCCUUAUCGGUGUCCCCACCCGGUUUUUCAGGAAUGUCACAGCCUAGAACAAGUCCCAAUCUUCACAAGUCAAUCUCGAACACUCCCAAGUCUAUUCCUUCGAUUCCAAAAUCGAUUUCGAAUUUACCUAACAUGUCUCCUAGUCCCUUACCCCCAUUUCCUGUGGAUUUGGGUCGCCCGGCAGCCGGGCUGACUUCCAAACCAGUCGCACCACAGCCAAAAUUCACUUUAGAGCCCAGUCUUCCGCCUAGCCUAACAGUGUCGAAAUCAACAGUACCCUUACAAACUCCCAAAUUUCCUUUAGAAUCCGGAAUAUCUAUCAGUCAGAUUCCUAUCAGUUCUACGAAAAUUACUGAAAAACCAUCUCCUUCCAAAAAAACCUCUUCAAAUGUAAUAAAACAGUAUCGUGCAACAACGUCCGCAGAUCCGUCUGUAAGGUCAAAUGAAAAAAAAUCCGUUAUAUCGACCACUAGAAAAGAUGCAACCCCAAGUAUACUAAAGUCAAUUCCGUCGUCAAUGUCGGUAGACAUAGCGCCGAUUAUAACUAAAUCUGAUAAAUACACUUUAAAAAAAUCUCAAAAAGAUACUCACAGCACCUCCACGAAAUCUGCGGGAGUAUCUAAAAAAAUCAUAGAAUUCGGACAAAAACCUGUGACUAUUUCUGCAAGUAAAGCAUUAAAUAUCGAUCUGAGUAAUCCAAUAGACAGAAACGUUAUCACUACGUCUUCUUUAAAAAGUGUUAAAUAUGCAUCGACGAUAUCGCACCCGUCAUCCGUUAAUAUUACAAAAAUAUCUAACGAGUCGAAAGAUGUCAAGCAAGGUUCGUCUUUUAAGAAGGAUCCUCCAAGUGUAAAUCCUACUAAUCCAAACUAUCCACAGUCACGAAAAGAAUCUUCCGAUGAUGAUAUUAUUUGUAUCGAUUAAUCUAGUAUGUUGUGAAUGUACGUAUAAGACUGCAUUUUUUGUUUUUUUUUUUAUCUAAUAUAUCUUAUAAC